GCUUCUGGAUCUCUUUCCGUUGCAGCUGAAAAACGAAAGACCAUCUUCCUGAUAAAAAGAAGCAUGCAAAUGAACAUCGCCAGUGCUAUAAUUGCAGUGACUGGAGCAGUUCUAUAUAUAACAGAUUUAGCUAUAAGACCAGUUUAUUAUUCGAAUGGAAAGUCCGUAGGUUUGGGUCUUGCUAUCCUGCUUCUCUUGUUUAGCACCCUGGAGUUUUGCAUCACUAUUUGGACUGCACAUUUUGGGUAUGAGGCAACCUCUUCUGACAGUGAUAUGGGCAUGAUGGCGAUACCCUACACUAUCAGUGCAGGUGGGAUGUUUCCUACAGAAGUCUGUCUUUCCCCUCCUCCCCCGUAUGACUUUGUGGCUUCUGCUGAAAAGUGAAAGUCUUCGUCAAGAAACCAUGAGAGAAUUGAGGGAGAUAGCACACCAAGCAGUUUAAAAUUAUUUACUUCCAUUUUUCCAAAACUGGUCAUCUUUUUCUCAAGAGGCACAGCAAGCUACGGGUUUCCCCUCUUACAAGAACAGCACCAGUGACCCGAGGAGUUCACAAUAUCCCCUUUUCAGGAGCUAGGAUGUUAAGCUACUACUCCACCUCUUCCACACUACCGUCUCCCCUGAGUUCAGUCCAGUGCUCCUUUGAGUCACCUCAUGUAAGGUUCACCCAAGAACUGGAGUUACCUGCAUGGGCAAACCCAACAAAAUGCUGUCUUCUCCUAUGACUGUGAUAAAUAUUUCUUUUAUGAUUACAUCUCACUUGCUGUGCUUCCAUCACCUAAAACCAAAUAAAUGAUGCCUUUUUCUUUACAAGAUGUUUUCUCUCUCACACACACACACACACACAAAAUCAGUUGAUUAGUACCUGUAUUCAUUGACAGUGGAAUUGUAACCAGAGUUAAAGUCAAUGCACUAAAAUUCUUUUUGU